AAUAUAAGGUGUACAUUCCCCCAAGCUCCUUGAUGUUACGUAUCAACCAGCCUCUGCUCACAAUGACCAGCAAUUUGACCUUCCCAGGCCAUCCAGCCAACAUUUCGCAGAUCCCCUCUGUAUUUGCGAUCCAUGACAACAGAUUCUUCAAUAUUAUCGGCUCAUCUCCUAAGCUGGAGGUCCUUUUCAAGAACGAUGAUGUCCCCUUUGCGCACGAAGCGAGCGUCUUUAUCCCCUCUACCGACGAGCUAUUCCUGAGCAGCAACAUCUUCACCGACCCCAUCACGAACCAUUCAACGAUUCAAAUUUCCAAAGUCAAGGUCAACGCUCAGCCGGUUACCAGUGAAGUUAUCAAAUCUACUAUCGUAAUGGCGAACGGAGCGGUAAACCAUGGCGACGGGAUCCUCUUCUGCGGCCAGGGAAACCAAACCGAAACGAGCGGCUUAUACCAGAUGUCAAUUGAAUCUCCGUACGAGGCAGAACUACUUGUUAGUGGCUUUCACGGUCAGCAAUUCAACUCACCCAAUGACGUGGUCGUGCAUAGUGAUGGGUCAAUAUGGUUUACCGAUCCGAUCUACGGUUCGAAACAGGGGUUUCGCCCAAAGCCUCAGUUGCCGAAUCAAGUCUAUCGGUUUGAUCCUGUCACAAAGAACGUGCGAGUCGUCGCUGACGGAUUCGGUCGGCCGAACGGUAUUGCUUUCUCGCCGGAUGAGAAGACGGUGUAUAUCACUGAUACGGGGUCUACUUUGGGUGAUGGCACCAAUGAUCCCAAAGGGCCGUCCACCAUCUACGCUUUUGACGUGUCUAUCCUCAACGGGGAACAGUUCCUCACCAAUCGGCGUCUUUUCGCCAUGGCUGAUACCGGUGUCCCUGAUGGAAUCAAGCUGGAUAUGGAUGGCAACGUUUAUGCUGGCUGUGGCGAUGGCAUCAACGUCUGGUCGCCAGGUGGCGUCCUGCUGGGAAAGAUUCUGAUCAAAGAUGGAGCGGCUAACUUUUCCUUUGGCCGUAAUGGCCAAAUGUUUAUUCUCAACGAGAAUACGCUCUGGACUGCUCAGCUGAGUCGUGCCGUGAAGGGUGCCCUAUUGAAGAUUUGA